AUGAGCAUCUGGUCGACACCGUUUCUCAGACGUAAUCAAGCCGCAAAGACGUCGAAAUUCCCACAAGAAUCCAAGUAUGCCCUGAUAAUUCUCAAUCAACCCUUCUCUACACCUUUAUUUCGCCAACUUUGGGACGCGAGCGAAUGGCGGUGUUGCGCCGACGGCGGGGCCAACCGCCUAUACGAUCUCGAGGGCAUAGUGGACAAGCGUGAAUGUUUCUUGCCAAACUUGAUCAAGGGGGACUUGGAUUCCGCAAGACCUGCAGUACUGGAAUACUAUGGUUCCAAGGGCGUGGCCGUGAUUCAUGACCGUGAUCAAGACAGCACUGACUUGAUGAAAUGUGUUGCUGCGUUGACGGAGAUAGAGACUCGGGAGAAUGUUCAAUAUGACUUGAUCAUCCUUGGAGGGCUCUCCGGGCGGCUGGACCAGACCGUUCAUACUCUGUCUUAUCUCCACAAGCUGCGGAAGCAGAGAAAUCGUGUAUUCGCGGUGACGGAUGAAAGCGUUGGUUGGGUUCUUGACACAGGUGAACAUACUAUUGAGAUCGAGCAUAACGCAUUGGGUCCCACUUGCGGUCUCCUGCCUGUUGGUAUCGGGGGUACCAUACUCUCUACCAGAGGCUUGAGAUGGAAUCUAUCUAAUACCCCGUCAUCCUUCGACGGCAUGGUUUCUACGUCCAAUCAUCUGGUACCCGGGUGUGACCAGGUGUGGGUGAAGACAUCGAAGCCUUUAUGGUGGACAGCUGAGCUUAGGCCGUUCUGA